CACAAUAAAUACCACCUCUGCUGCUCACUCUUCACACCACCAAACGCACAUUAGCAACCCCUUUGAUCCAUCUAUCAUUCUCCAUUUCAUUUUUCAACACAUAAAUAUGGGUGCCAUCACUUACGAUAUUGAGAUUCCUUCCUCCAUCCCAGCUGCUAAGAUGUAUAAGGCCGUCGUCCUCGAUGCGGACACCCUCAUCCCAAAGAUCAUGCCUCAGGCUAUCAAGAACGUCGAGAUCUUGGAAGGAGACGGUGGCGUGGGAACCAUCAAGCUCAUCAGUUUUGGGGAAGGUAGCCAGUAUAAGAGCGUGAAGCACCAUGUUGAUGCUAUUGACACGGAAAAUUUAACCCACAGCUACAGCAUUGUUGAAGGUGAUGCUCUGAUGGGGGGUCUUGAGUCGAUUACUUAUCAUGUCAAGAUCGUUCCGACUGAAGACGGAGGAUGCAUUUGCAAGAACAGGAGCAUUUAUCAGACCAAGGGCGACGUUGAGAUUACUGAAGAGAAGAUCAAGGAAGGAAAGGAGAAGGCAUUGGCGAUGUUCAAGGCCAUUGAAGCUUACCUCCAUGCCCAUCCUGAUGCCUAGAAGCCAAUUGAUUGGCGUUGUUUGAAUGUUUUUACUUGUUUGGUUUUCAUGUUCGUUGAAGUUGUUGUAUUCAACUGCAAUUUCCUCAAAAAAGUGUCCUUUUUCUACAAGAUAUUGAACUUAUAUAUGGUUGUGGAUGUAUCACCAUGUUGUGGAAAAAUGUAAUGUUAACCUGCAACUUAGAUUGUGGUAUUUUUUAUCCUAAGGGAAAUAAUUUUUGUAA